AUGAUUGAAGAUGAAGAUGGAGGUGAAAAGAGAGCACCAUUGAUAUAUUCACCGAUAGCUGGAGAGCUCGUUGGACGGACCCGCUUAGUUUUUGAUCAAAACGGUGCCUAUUCUGGUUGCGAUAAUGACGGGAUGUUUAUAGUUGGAACUGGCGACUGGAUAGGAUUCGAAGUUCGACUUUACAAUGUAAAAACUCGAGAAGAUCUUGGAUUUGGGCGCAAGCGAAUCAUACAAGGUGAACCAAUAGGAACACGGCUUGAGUGUGACAGUAGUCCUGAUAGCAUUUUCCUUGAGGUUCGUUAUCAAGGUCGAGUUGUAAACAUUAGUGAUGUGAUUUCGGCGGAAAAAUGUCAAUUGCCACAACUGCCAGACUUGUUCAAAUAG